AAAAAAGGUUGGUAAAUGGAUGUCGCUCUGCUUUACAGUAGGUUACAAGUCACAACGGCAAUGGAGGUGUUAUAUACCUGGAUAAUAUAUUCAUGUUUAAUUUUUGGAUCCAGCAUUUUGUGUGAUAGAAAACUCGAAAUACGACAAGCUGUAUCAUCUCCCUCAAAAGACAUUGAUGAUAUGUUUUAUUGUUCAAAUGGACUGCGUAUAGAAUGGUCAUUGGCUUGCGAUGGUAGUAAGGAUUGUCCAGAUGGUUCGGACGAGACUAAAGAGAUGUGUGCACGAUACGAAUAUGGAACAAAUAUCAGCAUGGAUUGCGGUACAGUAUCCAAAGAAAUUAAAAAUAAACAUUCGUUAAAAGCAACACCUUGGGUAGUUGAUAUAUAUAAACUUGAAAAACAAUCAAACACAUAUUAUGGUUUACUCGAUGAACGGACGGACUCAAAUUAUUACCAUUUAGGUUUCGGAACAAUUGUUUCUCCAAAUGUAGUAGUUGCUGCGGCUAAAAUGUUUUGGUAUAACGGUAUAAGAUCUAAGCAAAAUUCAAUAGACGGUAAUAGUAGUUAUUUGUUUAAAAUUGAUAUUCCACAAACUGACAGUGAUAUAUCUCACUAUUAUAUCGAUGCAAAAAUAAUUUACCUGUUUGAUGAAGCACGUAUUAUUGAUAUUAAUUAUCAACCCAAUACUCAAGAUUUGGCAGUAAUUGUGUUAGCAAACACAAUUUCGUUUAGUAAUGGUGUUACUCCCGUUUGUAUCGAUUGGUAUAGUAAAUAUAAUGUACGCAAUGGAACUUACGGAAAGAUUGCUGGUUUUAAUAAUCAGGCUCAACUUAAUCAUUUAGUAUUACAACGAUUUUUUCCACACAUCGACAACAGUUCCUGUUUAAGAAUCAAUACUGACGACAAUUUUCACUUUUGCAUCAGGUUGCAAUUGGAGGAAAGAGGAGGUAAUAGAUUUGAUUUCCAAAGCUUAAGCUUUUUACAAUCUAAUUCAUAUUUUUUAACCGGGAUAACGAGUUGCUGGCCUUAUAUUUUGUCGAAUGAUAUGAAUAGCAAAAUAAACGUAGGUUUUAUUGAUAUAAAAAGCUAUGUUCCAUGGAUUCGUGGAAUUUUGAACAAACAUAGCACAGCGAUUUCAUGCGUUUUACCAGCUAUUGAAGGAGUUGUAUAUUCUUACGAAGGUUCUCAUUCAAUAUUAUCACCCCUGACAUUAAUUGAUCCUUACACUACAGUUAUUGAGAACUGUGAAGUUGGAUAUUAUAAAGCUAAUCCUAAUGGUUUUAGAGUUUGUCAGAGAUAUGGAACAUGGAAAACGGAUUCUGAUAAAUUAUGUUUGAAAAUGUGUCCACCUCUACUAUCAGAUAGCUUAGAUAUUAAAUGCAGUUAUAAUGGUAACUAUACUAAUUGCUCAAAUGCAUCGAUACCUCACACAAUAGCAACACUAAAAUGUAAGCCUACUUAUACUCUACCAAAUGGACAUAAAGAAACUCCACUUGAAUUACAAUGUCAGUCCAACGGAUUGUGGGAUAAUCAAUUAUAUAAAUGCGAGCCAGCGAGUUCAUGUGUUUUACCAACUGUCGAAGGAGUUGUAUAUACUUAUGACGGUUCUAAUGAAAGUUUAUCCCACGGGACAUUAAUUGAUCAUGGCGUUACCGUAAAUGAGAACUGUACAUUUGGAUAUCAUAAUGUAUAUCCCGAUAGUUUUCGGGUUUGUCAGAGAAAUGGAAAAUGGAAACCUGCUCAUCAUAAAUUAUGUUUGAAAAUGUGUCCACCUCUUCUAUCUGAUAGUUUAGAUAUUCAAUGUAGUUAUAAUGGUAAGUAUGCUAAUUGCUUAAAUCUAUCGAUACCUGACACAAUAGCAAUACCAAAAUGUAAGCCUGCUUAUAAUUUACCAAACGGACAAAAAGAGACUCCAAUUGAAUUACAUUGUAUGUCGAACGGAAUAUGGAAUAAUGAACUAUAUAUAUGCGAACCAGAAUGCGGUAUAACAUUUGUCGAUGGUAAAGUACUGAUUGCGAAUGGUAAAAAAGCAAAUAAUGGAACGGCACCUUGGAACGUGGCAAUAUAUGAAAUUACUAACAAGUAUAACUUAAUUUGUGGAGGAUCAAUUAUUUCUCGAAAUUUAGUUGUCUCUGCGGCUCAUUGUUUUUCGAAAAGUAUUACGGAAAAUAUUACAACAAUUGUAAAUGUCGGUCUAUACAAAAUUGCUGUUGGAAAAUAUGACAGCAACUUUAGAAAACUUGACAAUGAAUUUACUGAAAUAAUGAAUGUGGAUAGGGUUCAUCUGAAAGAAGGUUAUUUUGGUAUUUCCGGGCAUUAUGCUGAAGAUAUAGCUGUUGUUGUGUUACAAAACAGUGUUUCUUUUAGUUAUGGUAUUACACCUAUAUGUAUGGAUUGGAAUGGUGAUUACAAAGUAUCCAAUGGAGAUGAAGGAAAGUUUGUUGGUUGGGUAAAAAAGGAAAAUGGCAUUUCAAGGCCCGUUUUAUUAGAAACACGGUUAACAUACAUCAACAUGAGGUCUUGCCGGUUUAUGUUUGGAUUUAAACCUUAUGUGACUCCUGAUAAGAUUUGUGCCGGUUCUUUAUUGGUUUCAGGACAUGGUCUAGAUGAGGGAGACAGCGGUUCAGGCUUAUGUUUUUUACAUUCUAAUUUGUAUUAUUUAACCGGAGUAAUGAGUCUCAAGGACCCAGGCUUAUAUAAUUCAAUCGUACUUUUUACAUCAGUUCAGUACCACAUUGACUGGAUUCGUAGAAUGUAUAUCGAUUAUAUGAAAGUACUAAAUAGUUAAGUUCCAGUACAUGGUGUUUAUGAGGGAGACACCGUUGCAGGAUUAUGCUUUUUACACUCUAAUUGUUGUUAUUUUACCGAAGUAAUGAUUCUCAAGGAUCUUGAAGCAAAUAACUCAAUCACAGUUUUUAAGUUCAGUACCACAAUCGAUGGAUAAUUAGGUCUUAUAAUAAGUAAUGUUAUGAAAAUAAUUUAUUCGAACUACUGGAAUAAAUCUUUGUAUUUCGUGUAAUUAUAUUUUUACUUAUGUGUAAACAAGUUAUACAGUUCUUAUAAUAAUUGUUCAAUUAAAUAAAUCAUAAUAGAUACCUACAUAUGUACCAAUUUUGCAUUGUACUUACAUUAAUGGUUUUAUAUUAAUUACUAUAUUAUGUACUAUGCAUUGUAUUGACAUUGUAUUUGACAACAAAUAUUUGAACGAGUAAUUUUAUAGUUAUAUAACUUUUUAUACCAAUUAUAAUUUGUCUAUAUCUAUGUUUACAACGAUAGAUUUGAAAGCUUGGAUGAUUUAAAACGUUCUCAAUUAUUAUUGAUAUAUCAAAUAAUGCACAGUAAAAUAAUAAAUAAUACAUCUAAUAUUAAGUCACAAAGUAUAUAAUUUAUUAAAAUAUUUUUCCAGGAAUUCUAUCUUUAGACUAAACAUUUUAACAACUCAAAAACUACACAAUGGAAUUCUGAUAUAGAUACAUAGAAAUGUUCAAAAAAAUUGCCACACUUUCCCCACCCCCCCACGCCCCACCCAAAUAAAUUAAAUAAUUAUCAUAAUAAAUUUGUUAUAAUAUUUUUUUCCUGUUUUUAUUAGUAAAAUUAUGGUCACACGGCGAUAUGGAUAGGCAAUUUGGGUACAUUGUGUAUCCGUUUCUUCGUAAUCUCAUGGUUAUAAUAAUGUUAGGCUGAUAUAAUAUUAUAUUAUGGGGGUUUCAGCGUAAUCCAUUCUAAGGAGUAAAAAUAGGCAUUUUAUAUUUUAGUUUAUACGUGUGUUUUACAUGGCGAGGAAUGUGAUGAAGUAGUUAUAAGUUAUUAAGUUUGUAAGUUAAUAUUUUUGACUUUUGAUGUUUGGUCUGUAUGCUUAUUUUUUCUAUUAUUAUUUGUGUGUCAAUAUUAUAUUACGUUUUGUGGGUAUGUCGAAUUGGACGAUAGGUGAUAAGUCUGGAAUGUGUAGUUGUUUUAAUUGCCUUGUUAUUGUAGAAGAUUGCGUCAUGUGGUACAUAUCCGUAUCGUUUUUUCGAUAUCUUCUGUGAGAUGGUGGUUUCCAUAUAUGGGCAUCAAUAAUGCGUUGAUGGCUGUGUACUAUAAUAUUUUAAUAUUAAUGAAGAGUUCUAUUUUUAAAUUGCGUUCUGAUAAUCUGCAUUCGUUUGUGAUUAUUAUUUUGGGUAUUUUCCUUUGACGUGGCUGUGAGAUGCCGCGGUAUGAUGCAAUCGCAUUCCUUCUAGGUGGUCCAAAUUUGUAUUGAUUUAAGUUAUGUAAAUAAUUUAUUUUAUAAUUUUAAAUUGCGUUUUUAAGUUUUCCGACCCGAUGUAUGACCGUUAUUGGUUCCAAAUUAUUGUAUGUGGUUAUGAACGUAGAAGGUAGACGUAUGAUAUAUUACAAAUUGCACGGAAUUUGAUUUUGCACUAUGUCCUUAUAGUGCACAUGGCAUUACACAAUAAAGAAAUGAGGUAACAUUGUUAGGAAAGAAUAUACAUUUAAUGGAAUAAAAGUAACAACUACAAUAUCUAUAAAAUGAAUGACAAUAAUCGUUAGGUAGUGUUUAUAAGUGAUGUUAUCAUAUGUGGUGUAUUUAAGUUUUUUACAUGAUAUAUUGUAAAUAGUUUUAAAUGGACAUAAAUAAAGAAAACAGUUAAAAUAUAUGUGUAAAAUCAGAGAAUUAUGUUUAGAUUAUUGUAAUAUAUAUAAUUUGAAAUA